AUGGUCAUGACAAUGGCACCGCCGACUCUCUCUGCCGAUUCUACGCCGUGCUGCCCAGGCUGUGGCUACUCCUUACCUCUUGAUCAUAGCCAAGUUCAACUACUGGAAGCACAAGCCCGUAUCGAAGACCUCGAGAACCAGGUUCGACUACUCAACGAAAAGGCUACAGCCGCCGUGGACCGAUGGGCCGACUACGAAGACGAAAUCUCUAUUCUAAGGGCACAGCUCCCUUCUUCGACAACAGCACAGAAAGCCCAAGCCCCAGCGACACCUACGAAUGCUCGCAUGUCAUUUCUCCAGAGCGGCACCAGUCGACUCUCCUCUUUCCUCUCUCCACGCAAACCUCACGACCUUCCUCACAUCGACACCAACCCCAACCCCUCUCGACCUGCCAACCGACGUUCUCUAAGUAGCCAGUCCCACCGCCCACAGCAUCCAGUGCAAAACCAAGCUCCACCGUCGCCCUCGGCGGAAGACCUUCUCGAGGCUCUGAACAGAGAACAGUCUCUUCGAAAGGAAGCCGAGGGCAAAGUGGCAGCUACAAGCCAGGAGGUGGAAGAGCUCAGCGCUGCUCUUUUUGAGGAAGCUAAUAAAAUGGUUGCUGAAGAAAGACGGGCACGCGCUAAGCUGGAACAGCGGGUAGAUGAGCUGGAGCGACGAGAUAUGGAGAAGCGACGACGGUUAGAAAAAUUAGAAGGGGCCAUGUCUCGGAUCGAGCGGGUGAGAUUAAUGUUGGCUGAGGCGGAAGAAGACGUCGAGUCAAGCAAGAAAACAGUCAAAGAGAUCGAAGCACUGGAAAGACAACAAGAAGAAGAGGAACGAAAGGAGAGAGAGCAGUCAAGGGCGAAAACAUCGGAGCAUAACGACCACGACUCAGUUUACAGCGUGUCUGCCGAUGAGAACUUAGAAAGGCGAUCCAUCGAUAAGCCCAGCAGACAGGAGCAAUCAGACGGCGAUACAUCAGGGAAAUAA